AUGCCUGAUAAGAAUAAUGAUUCUCUUGUUUCCACUAGUGGCACCCUUGUUAGUAAAAUUGAUGCUGGUGACCCGCUUUACCUUCAUCCUAGUGACUCGACUAAUCUGACCAUUGUUAAUAUUAAACUGAAAGGCACCGAUAAUUACAAUGUUUGGGCUAAUGCUAUGAACCUGGCUUUACAAGUUAAAAAUAAAUUAGGGUUUAUUGAUGGCUCCUGUGCUAGAUCUACUACGGAUGAAGUGUUAGGAAAACAGUGGGAUCGUUGUAAUUCUAUUGUUCUUACAUGGAUUUUGAAUUCUGUGUCUGAAGAAUUAUAUUUGGGUCAUGUUUAUUCUAAGCUUGCCUCUGUAGUGUGGAAAGAACUAAAAGAAACUUAUGAUAAGGUUGAUGGGUCGGUGGUCUUUAAUUUGUAUCAAAAAAUUAAUUCCUUUUCUCAAAAUGGCAUGCCUGUAUCCGGGUAUUAUCAUAAACUUAACUGCAUGUGGAAACAAUUAGAUCAAAUUCUAUCUCUACCUACGUGUACUUGUGAUGCUUCCAAACAAUUUAAUGAUUUCAAUCACUUGAUUAAAUUGAUGCAGUUCUUAAUGGGUCUCGACAGUGUUUACCAGUCUGUAAGAACUUCUCUGUUAACUAGGCUAGUUCUUCCAUCUGUUAAGGAAGCCUUCUCUAUUGUUUCCAGAGAAGAAUCUCACAGGAAUUCAAACAAGUUUUCUGAAAAAUUAUCUAAUAAUCCAGUCGGCUUUGCUGUUAAAACCAGUCAAUCAUUUGAUUCAAAAAGGAAAAAUGUUAGACCCCCCUAA